AUUUAUUUGCAGCUUUGUCUUCGUGUUGUGUAUCGCAUUACGACGCAUUAAAGCGUGAGUAAUCCAUCAGAAAUAGUUAUUUAAAGCUGUUUUACAUCACCGCGCAACCCCACCACAGCAACACCUUGAGACUCUCCAUCAGUUCAAGUUUUCUCUCUCGCAUCCAACGAUACCACCACUCAGCUUCAAGAAUGGCAUCCGCAACUACGUUCUACAGCUUCGACCCUCUCGACAAAAAGGGAGAGCCCUUCCCCCUUUCCUCUCUGAAGGGCAAAGUCGUCCUUGUCGUCAACACCGCCUCUAAAUGCGGCUUUACCCCGCAAUUCAAGGGCCUUGAAACCCUCUACCAGUCCGUCAAAGCCAAGCAUCCCGAGGACUUCCUCAUCCUCGGCUUCCCUUGCAACCAGUUCGGCAGUCAGGAUCCCGGUUCCAACGAUGAGAUCCAGACAUUCUGCCAGGUCAACUACGGCGUGACUUUCCCCGUUCUGGGCAAGCUGGACGUGAACGGUGACCAUGCCGCGCCGCUUUUCACCUGGUUGAAGGAGAAGCAGCCCGGGUUACUGGGUCUGAAGAGAGUCAAGUGGAAUUUCGAGAAGUUCCUGGUCUCCGCGGAGGGGGACGUCGUCGGCAGAUGGGCUAGUACUACCAAGCCGGAGGGCUUGGAGAAGACGAUUCUUGAAGAGAUUGAGAAGGGUUCCAAGAAGGGGAUUUUGGCGUCUCAGACUAAGGCCAAGGAACAGUCUUCUGAGACGGAGCAGGCUAAGCUCUCGUAG